AUGCAUCUAGCCCUUAAUUGCUUGUUAAUGGUCAUCAAGCACAAUCCUACUUCAUACCUUACCAGAACAGGAAAGACAAUGUUGAUAACACCUAGUUUUGGCUUUCAAACCAGGCUUCUUGAGUGCCUCACCAGAAAGAUGGGUGUCAUUGUUUAUCUAGACACCAUACUAGUCCCUUUGAGUCUCGCCUUCAUGGUUGGUUACCAUGCCUAUCUAUGGCAGUGCUUCAAGAACAAACCAUCUCAAACCACUGAUGGAAUUGAAGCAUUGAAGAGAAAAGCAUGGUUUGCACAGUUGAACGAGGGUGAUGCCAAGACUGGUACGCUAGCUGUGCAAAGCCUGAGAAAUGCUCAAAUGACAACUAUAUUAACUGCUAUAAUAGCCAUUCUCAUAAACCUGGCAUUGGCUGCUUUGACCAACAAUACCUACAAAGCAAGUCAUCUCCUCAAUGGCAGUGCAUUUUUUGGCUCGCAGUCUGGAAAACUAUAUGUUCUGAAAUUUGGGUCAGCCUCGCUAUUUCUUUUGGUCAGCUUCUUAUGCAGCUCAAUGGGACUUGCAUUCUUGAUUGAUGCCAAUUUCUUGAUAAAUGCUGGCUCUCGUGAGUUCUCAUCGUCACCUACGUACACGCAAACAGUAUUUGAACGUGGUUUCAUGCUGGCUCUUAUGGGCAAUCGAGUCCUAUGCAUCACCUUUCCUUUAGUGAUAUGGAUGUUUGGUCCUGUGCCGGUAGCUUUGUCCUCUGUGGCACUUGUUUGGGUCUUGUAUGGGCUUGAUUUUUCUGGCAAGAGCAUUUGUAGUGAAAUGCCUGCUGCCGUGAAGAUAUAA